AGUUCUUCUUCCCGGACCCCGCGGUACCAAGCGUGGGCUUGCUUUGUCCUCGCAUUGCUCACCACCAGCUGCAUUCAGUUCCUUUGCUCCAGCCUCCGCUCCACAUCUGUGACUGCAGCCUUCUCCAUCCAGCUGAGAGGGAAAUUAUGUGUGCAAGAGGAGUCAGGGCUCCCUUCCUGGCACACGGCUCACAUCGCUAGGACUCCCACGCCUGCUGCACGCUCAGCCACAUGCUUGAGGAUGCUGCACUUGAAAGUCCAGUUUCUGGAUGACUCCCAGAAGAUCUUUGUAGUUGAUCAAAAAUCCUGCGGAAGAGGGUUGUUCAACCUCACCUGCAGCCAUCUCAAUCUUGCGGAGAAGGAGUACUUUGGGCUGGAGUUUCGCAGCCAGGCUGGGAACCACGUCUGGUUGGAACCACUAAAGCCCAUUACAAAGCAAGUCAAAAUGGACCCCGGCCAUCUGAGAGAAGAGCUGACCAGGUACCUCUUCACCCUCCAGAUCAAGAAGGACCUGGCACUGGGGCGGCUGCCCUGCAGCGACAAGAGCGCGGCGCUGCUCGUCUCCCACCUGCUGCAGUCCGAGCUGGGCGAUUUCCAUGAGGAGACGGACCAGCAGCAUCUGGCAACCCACAGGUACCUGCCCAACCAGGAGUACCUGGACAACAAGAUCAUGCAUUACCACCGGAGACACAGUGGGAAGACACCGGCUGAGUCAGACAUUCAGCUGCUGGAUGUGGCCAGGAAACUGGAGAUGUACGGGAUUCGCCCGCACCCCGCCAGCGAUGGUGAGGGGACACAGAUCAACCUGGCCGUGACGCACAUGGGGGUGCUGGUCCUGAGGGGCAAUACAAAGAUCAACACGUUCAACUGGUCCAAAAUUCGCAAACUGAGUUUCAAGAGGAAGCACUUUCUCAUCAAGCUCCAUGCAAACAUGUCUGUGCUGUGCAAGGACACGCUGGAGUUCACUAUGGUGAGUCGGGACACCUGCAAGGCUUUCUGGAAGACGUGUGUGGAGUACCAUGCCUUCUUCAGGCUGUCUGAAGAGCCCAAGUCAAAGCCCAAAGCCCUUCUGUGCAGCAAGGGCUCCAGUUUCCGAUACAGUGGGAGGACACAGAGGCAGCUGCUGGAGCAUGGGAGGAAGGCGAAGAUGAAAAGCCUGCCCUUCGAGAGGAAGCACUACGCGUCCCGCUACGAUGAGAGGCAGUGCCGCUCCUCCCCCGAUCUUCUGACAGACGUCUCCAAGCAGGUGGAAGAGCUGCGCCUGGCCUAUGGCAGACAGGGCUCCUACCAUGCCAACGGGGUGCACACCUCUGAGCCCACGCUGGACAGCCGGUGCCGGAGCUCUGCCAUGGAGGUGACGUUCGCAGCUGAACUAGAGCGCUCCAAACCCGAAGCCUCCCCCGCCUUCCUGUCCCACUCCAAAAGCUCGUCCGCCUUCCCCCUGCUCUACGCCGAGCUGGAGCUGGAGCGGGCGUGGGAGCCCGCUGACCUCUUCGGUGCCAGGAACCCCUUGACAUCCUUUCGGCCCCACCACCAGUUUGCUGGGAAUGGUAAAAGCACCUCAGUGGGCAACAUGCGGGAGGUGAGCGCCCGAACACUGGUGUACACGGAUGUGCCGUGCCCCCCACCCAUGGCUGCCCCGGCCCCACAGGUCCUCUUCUACCUGGACAGGCCCCCGCAGCCCCUGUGCCACGCACCGGUGCCUGGAGAGGAUGCAGCAGGACCAGCCGGUGGAUGUGGCCCUAUGGCAGCAAAACCCCCCAGAUGGAGUCUGAGUGGGACCCGGGCUGGGGAAGUUCAUCACGAGGCUGCGUGCAUGGCAGCAGACAUGAGCGUGGCCCCAGUGGGGGAGAGAAGGUCGCUGGCUCGCUCCUUCGAUUAUGGCCUUCAGGAGCAGCCUCCCAAGCGGUCUUGGAGCCAGUCGGACAUGAAAACCAUUCGCUUCCCCUAUGGCUCUGAGUUCAGGCCCCUGGGGCCGUGCCCCACGCUGAGCAGCCGGAAAGUGAGUGUCUUUCGGCACGUGCCGGCCCAGCAAGGGCUGGCACCAGGGCUGCGGCGCUCUGCCGAGCGCUACGUGGGCAGCAGCACCGAGUCCAGUGACUCUGACUCCGACCUCCUGGCUGCCGACUACUGCUCCCUGUAUGGCCGGGUGCUGCGGUCACCCAUGGCCCGGGUGCGGCUGUCCUCCGGCAGCCUCCAGCUAGAUGAAGAGGAUGAGGAGGUGUCCUUUGCCACCAGCACCACUGAAGAGAGGACUUCCAGGGGGGCCUCCAGGUAUUUCACCUAGGUGCCUGACACUGGCCAGAGGGAGCAGAGGUAGCUGGUACUGACCUGGGGCUGCAGAAGGGUGACAUUCUUGCUUGCAGGAAUGCUUGCUGCUCACGAAACAUUGAUGGGCCUGUGUUGUGCGAGUGCUCUUAGCUAUAGAGUAUGUGUUAAUGGACAGCAGGGGAGUGCUCAGGAGAAGUGCUCAACCCCUGCACCACGCUUGGAAGGCAGUGUGUCUCUGCCACCAUACGCAGGGAGUACUGCUCCAUUUAGGGGGGUCAGGGCUCUCCUAAAGCCCUGCAAAGAUCUUGUGUCCUGCCCAAGCUGGUGGCUGCUGGCCAUGCUUGGAGCUCAGCUGCUGGAGUCUUUAUCGAGGGGGAGGGAGAGAAAGAAAAGAGACAUCUCACAGAAGAGUUAAAACACCUGGUUUUUUCACAGCUGCAGGGAAGCACACUGGUGGGAAGGGUGUUUGAGGCCCAUUUGGAGAGGAGAAGGAUGGCCAGGGGCAGCUGCUGCUGACCUGAUCCCCUGUGGACACAGCCAAUGCUUGCGGCAUAGAGCCCGUCUCCUCCAUGCUGCCUCUCCUCCCUCCAAUGCUGCAGGGAACGCCUGGCCCUUGAGGACAAGGUUGCACAUGUGGGGUGCUCCUUGCAAUGGUUGGAGCCACAGAGGAAGCAAACAGCUCUGUCUUCUCCCCAGUCAGUUUACAGCACUGUCAUUCCCCCAGAAACAUCGCGUUGGUGCUUGUAAAUCAUUUAGCAGCAUCCAACAGCGAGCUCCGGGAAGUGGGUUAAUAAAUGAUAUUGUAUAGUUCUGCUUUUCUUAGGUCCAUUAGUUGUCAUGUUCUGGCAGCAGCUCCACAGCCCCAGCACCUCAGUGCCCUGCUUCAGUCUAAGGAGGUGAGGCAUGUCAGGGGGUCCUUUGGUCCCCCAAAUCAGGCCUCAGCUAAGCAGCAUGAGGA